AUGUUGGAACCACCUGCGUCUUUGACGGUGCCAUCGCUUACCAGGAUUGACGCAGCGGCAGGAGAGACAGCCAGUGGGGAUGGGGCGGGGGAAGGGGAGGGCAGUGGGGGGGUUGGGGAGGGGCAACGGAGGAAGGAGACGGAGAGGCCGAGGGGGAGGGGAGGAGAGGGAGAAGGAGAGCUGGAAGGGGUGGGCUGCGGCGAAGGAGCGGGGCUGGAUGAUGAAGAAGGAGAAGGGCUGGGAGAAGGCGGUGAGGUGCUCUGCGACGGUGAUGGGGCGGUAAUGGUGGAGGAGGAAGGUGAAGGAAAGGGGGAGGGUGACGACAAAUGGAAAGGCGAGGCCAGAGGGCUUGCGGACGGAGAAGGGGGAACAGAGGAUGCUGACGGGGACGGGCUGGCUGAAGCGGGGAGAUUUGAAGGGGAGGGCGAAGGAGACGAAGCGGGAGAGCUAGAAGGGGACGGGCUAGCAGAAGGGAGUGAAGAGGCUGUGGGGGAUUGCGAAGGAGAAGGAGAAGCUGAGGGAGGAAUGCUAGGCGGCGAAGGGGAUGGGGAUGAUGCCGGCGAAGUGGAAGGUGGGAUUGAAGCCGACGGCGAGGGGGGGACGGCCGAAGUUGAGGGAGAAGCGCUAGCCGGCAGAGAAGGUGAAGGAGAAAGAGAGGGAGAAGGAGAGGAGGAGGGAACGGGGGAGCUAGAAGGGGAAGCAGCAGGCGACGAGGAGGCGGAAGGGGAAGCGGGAACGGGGGAAGACGAUGGCGAAGCGCUGGCCGGCGGAAAAGGCGAGGGAGAAAGAGAGGGAGAGGAGGAGGGUGCUGGCGAGCUAGAAGGGGAAACAGAGGGGGAGGAGGAGGCGGAAGGGGAAGGGGGAAGAGACGAAGAGGAUGGCGAAGCGCUGGCUGGCGGAACAGCCGAGGGAGAGAGAGAGGGGGAGGAGGAGGGGGACGAGGAGGGCGUUGGCGAGCUCGAAGCGGAAGCAGCGGAGGGCGAGGCGGAAGGGGAAGGGGGAAGAUACGAAGAGGACGAGGACGGUGAAGGGCUGGCUGGCAGAGAAGGGGAGGGGGACAGAGAAGGAGAGGAGGAGGGUGCUGGCGAGCUAGAGGACGAAGCAGCGGGGGAGGAGGAGGCGGAAGGGGAGGGGGAAAGAGCUGAAGACGACGGUGACGGGCUGGGAGAUGCAGGGGAAGAACUAGAAGGAGAGGCCGCUGGGGAGGUUGAAGGUGAGGCAGCGAUAGAAGGAGAAGGAGAGGGACUUCUUGAAGGCGAGGGAGGAAUUGAGGAAGGGGACGGAGAGGCGGUGGGUGAAGCGGAGGGAGAACUUGACGGGGAAGCGGUGGGGGAGGGCGAAAGUGAUGGAGGAAUGAAGGAUGAAGACGGGGACGGGCUAGAUGACGCUGCCGCGGAGGGAGAAGGAGAUGGCGAGGAGGAGGGGGCGGGCGAGCUGGAGGCGGAGGGGGAUGCCGCGGGGGUGGAAGAGGGAGAGGGGGAACGAGAGGGGCUGCUAGAAGGUGGGGGGGUGGUGGAAGGGGACGGUGAGGAGGAAGGAAGUGGCGAAACAGAAGGAGAAGUGGAAGGGAUCGGUGAGUGCGACGGUGAAGGGGAAGGCGAGGGAGAAGGAGAGGUUGAGGGGCUGCUAGAAGGCGCAGGGGUCGUGGAAGGAGAGGGGGUCGGGGAGAUGGAGGGAGACGUCGAAGGUGUUGAUGAUUGGGAGGGUGAUGGUGAGGGGGACAAUGACGGUGCAGGGGAAGGUGAAGGGGUUCUUGAAGGGGACGGUGACAAGGAUGGAGAGGGGGAAGGGGAAGGAACUGGACGAGAGGGAACCCCACCCCCACGGAAGGAGAUUAGGAAACUUUAUAAAACAUACUUCCACUGUCAUAGCUUUGAGAUGCGAGAAAGUAUUGCACAAAAAGUUACUUUUGUGGUCAGAUACAGGGGUUAUGGAUGGCACCCAGAGGAAGCGGGAUAA